AUGUCUCGCUUACUUAAUGCACUUCGGGCUUUGGGAGUCGAUGAAGAAGAUACCGAAGCAGCUUACAAUGAUGACUUUUUAUUUGGAUUACAAGGAGGAGAUAAUGGGAGUGAAUCCUGUGAUUCUGAUGAAGAAAGAGACACAGAUAUGACUGCUUUGCUUUCCUUUGAAGAUAGCGACAAGAUGGGCCUGUUCCGUGAAAUCGUUCGGCCUUUACCCUAUGAACUCAAGGUUAAGAUAUUUCGAAUGAGUCUAGGUAAAUUCUAUGAAACUGAGCUACUUUCGUAUUUACAUAACGAUUGUAUUCUUCCUGUGCUAAAGGUGUUCUAUGAUGAGCUUCUAAUAGGAGAUGGAAAAUUAUACUUUGGGGGUUUCAAUGAAUAUGAUGUCAUUAAAUUUGGUGCGGAGGAAUUUCAGUCCAACUUCAAACAGGUCGUCGCUCAAGGUCGAAUACGCAUCAAGAUCCUCAAGAUUUUUGACCUUGAUGACGUUUUGGAUGAGGAUAUAAAGUUACUCUUGUCGCAUGCGGAAAAAAUAUGGUGUGCCAGCGUGGUAGCUCUAGCUAAAAUAUAUGAUCUAUGCCCCGAUGCUGUAUACAAGAUCACCGACCUAUCCGUGGAGAAUUUGGAUCAGCUCACAAGGCAGAAGGAUCUUCGACCCAUUUUUCAAAGGUUGGCGAAAUCGCUGAAGGAUUUCACACUUCCAUUAGGCCCAGAUGAUUUCGAUAGGGUUGAGGCUAUCUUUGAUACUUUAAAAGAUGUCGAUCAUAACCUAACUAUUCAUCUUCCUAUCUCUUAUCCCAUAGAUGGCAAUGGAGAAUUGGAUUUCUUGCAUAAUUUGCUGGACCCAUACUAUUCCAAGAUCAAAUUGGCCCAUAUCCUUUUCACUUUGGUAUCUCCCAACUUUCAUAUGAAUGAUCUCAAACAGUUCCUUCAAAAGGUGGGUUAUCAAAAGUUCACCGACUUCUGUUUGGUUUCUUUCCCAAACUUCAGAGUUCAAGGCGAUCUCAAGUUUUUGUCUCAAUUGACAAACUUGGUGACCAUAGUUCUUUCAGGUAGUUUUGCUCUCAACUGCAAGAAUUUUGGAAGUUUGACAAAACUAACGCAUCUAAAAGAGUUUAUGUUGGAGAGCUGUAAGCUGGAUAGUGAAUGGUUCAACAAUAAUCUACCCAGGAACUUGAAGGAUCUUACUAUUAGUUACAAUUCUUUCACCGGAAUAGGCACGUAUAAGGUUCCAUCUUGCCUAAAAGUUUUGACUAUCUUGUGCAAUGACUCUUUCAAUCUGAAGUUGGAUAAUUUGGACUUCAGUGAGUCUAAUUUAUCAGUUCUUAAAUUUCGCAUUGAUGAUGAAAGUCAAUGGAACAAGUUGACAGUUUCCUUUGCCAAUCUUCCAGCGAAUUUACAAGAGAUUAACUGUUAUAAGCUUACCAGUUUUAUAGUGGAAAAGGAUAUUAAGCUGAGUAAGAAGAAAAAUCUUGUCGUUUAUAUAACAACAUAUUCAGAAAGCAUGCUUCCGAAAAACCUUCGCCUAGAGAGCUUGAAGGCUAACGUCAAGGUGAAGUUUAGAUGUUUCAAAAACUAUCAAUUUUCUUCCCUAGGGGCUAUUGAAAAAAUAGAUAGUAUUGGAGGGUUACCUAAUAGGUUACUGGAUUGUUAG